CAAUUAAUAAACUUUGAAAUAUACAAGUAGAAAGUGUUUAAGUAUUAAAACUGAAACUACCAUUCAGUAAAGGCGUUGCAGACGUUGGUGAACUAUAGUAAGCUCUAUAUAUCAAAUUAAUAUUCGGUUUUAUAUUCAGUCACGCUAGCUAAUAGAAAUAAGUUCUUUCAUUCAUAUGUGUGCAAACCUUUGAAAAGAUAACGUGCAAAUUAAAACAAAAUGGAGAAAAUACAAAUUGAAACAAUCGAAAUGCAUACAGGAGGGGGGCCUUUGAGAAUAGUGAAGACUGGGCUACCCUCUAUUCAGGGUAAGACUAUUUUGGAUAAAAUUAAAUAUUUAAGGAACAAUUUGGAAUACGUGAGAAAAUUAAUUAUCCACGAACCACGUGGACACUAUGACAUGUUUGGCGUGUAUCUAGUGGACAUAGAAGGUGCAGAUAUAGGAUGUAUAUUUAUCCACAAUGAGGGAUACAGUACUAUGUGUGGCCACGCUAUUAUUGCCCUCGGGAGAUACGUUAUUGACCAUGGUAUUGUACAGAAGCCAGUAUCUGCAGAGACCGGGAUCAUAAUGCAGUGCCCGUGUGGUCCUGUUGAAGUUUUUGUACAAAAUGAUAACGGGAAAACUGGAGAUGUUCGAUUUAACAGUGUGCCUUCAUUUUUGUUCAAGAAAGAUUUUGAUGUUGAGGUACCAGGUUAUGGUAAAGUAACUGUAGAUAUAAGUUACGGUGGCGCUUUCUUUGCUUAUAUGCCGGUAAAGCAGUUAGGGCUUGACUUAUCAACUACCCCAACAGACAGACUACGUAAUGCGGCCAGUCUUGUUACAGAAACAUUGAAGGGUGUGUUAGAGUUAAGUCAUCCUCAGUCACAAGACUUAGCUUUCUUAUACGGAACAAUUCUGACAGAUGGUAAAGACGAAUCUGAGGAAUCCUCCCAUAUGUGUGUGUUUGCAGAUAAAGAGGUUGAUAGAUCACCAUGUGGAUCGGGAACUACUGGACGUAUCGCACAAUUAUUUGGUCGUGGUAUUAUUAAACUCGGCCAGAAACGUGCGUUCCGAGGUCCAGCCGGGGCAAAAUUUAUUGCUAAGGCUGUCAAAGAAGUAAAAUUCGGCUGCCAUAACGCAGUGGUGGUUGAAGUGUCCGGAAAAGGAAAUUACACGGGAUCUAGUGUCUUCACUCUUGAAGCAGACGAUGAAAUUGGAAAAGGAUUUUUGUUGAAAUAAAAUAACUUACACCAUAUAUUUACUUGGAUUCUUAAAAUUAUUAUAUUUUUCUAUUUAGUUAGCAGUUAUAUUAUUUGCUACCGGAAACCUGUAUCAUAUUAUCUUCAACAUAUGCGUGCUGUGUCUAAGAACGAUCAGUUCAUUUAGUUAAAUAACAAAUGCUCUUUAACUAAAGUCAGAAACAUGUAUGAUAAAUGACUAUAAAGCCUACUUAUUGAUAGAAUCUCUUUUGUGUUCUUAUGUUCUUUUUCACCUUCAUUAUAUAAACAGAUGAACCUUUUUUCUGUUAUACCCUGAUCUUGACCAAAUUAAAAACAUGUGCCAUGCGAUAAUUUUGACCGUACU